AUGGGAAGAAAGACGGGGAAGGAUAGAAAAACUCCAUGCAAUGAAACGUUUGAGUCAUUACCUGUGGAGAUAAAGACCCCAGCUACAGCCGUGUUGCUGUUGAACUCUCCAGAGGAGGAUAUACUUGUAAACGCAUGUAUAGUAAUCCGCACUUUUGCCGAAAAAGGAGAUGAAAAUAAGGUUUCUCUGCUGGGACUUGGAGCCUUGGAGCCUCUCUGCAGGCUCAUCAACCACAGCAACAAACUGGUCAGAGGCAAUGCCUUCAUGGCUCUGGGCAUCAUGGCCACCUGUGGUGACGUAAGCAGUGCUUUGAAAAAACUAAACGUCAUUCCAUCAAUUAUAGAAAUACUCUCACUUGGAGAGGAUACAGUGAUCAGUGAGUUUGCAACACUGUGCCUUGCCUCUCUGUCAGUAAAUUUCAUCAGCAAGGUCCAAAUCUUUGAGAACAAUGGCCUGCCACCUCUAAUUGUCCUCCUAUCUAGCUCAGACCCAGACGUGAGGAAGAACUCACUUGAGAUCAUCUGUAACCUGGCUCAGGACUACAAAAGCUGCCAGGCCAUACAUGCGUUGGGUGGAAUCCCGCCGCUUUUGAAUCUGCUGAAAUCAGAGUUUCCCGUCAUCCAGCGUCUGGCUUUAAAGACGCUGCAGAGAGUCACGACAGAUGAAGACACACGCAGCACCUUCAGGAACGAGAGGGGCUUCGAAAAGCUGAUCAAUAUCCUCCAUAACAAGGAGUUUAGUGACUUGCACGGUGAAGCUUUACAAGUAGUGGCUAACUGUCUGAGCGACCGUGAGGCCGUCCAGCAGAUCCACGAGGAUGGAGGACUAGCGAGGCUGAUGGACUUUGUCCUCAUCCCCAACAAUCCUGAAAUCCAGUCCACUGCCAUUAAAUGUCUCACCAGGGUGGCACAAAGCUCUGAAAGCCGCAAAGUUCUCCAUGAGCAGGAAGUAGAGAAAGUUCUAGCAGAGCUUCUGUCUGUGGCGGACGUCGGCGUGAAAGCGUCUGCCUGUCAGGCUGUGGCCGCCAUGAGCUUCUACCCACCCAGCAAAGACGGCUUCAGAGACCUGGGUUGCAUCCCUGCAGUGGUACAGCUGCUGAGCAGUGAGAGCCUUGAAGUAAAAAAGGCAGCGACCAAGGCUCUUUCUAUCCUUACACAAAACAACCAGCCUAACUCUCUGGCCGUGCAUGAGGCAGGGGGCUACGAGGUCCUCAUCCAGCAGCUGUAUGGCAGCCUUCCAGGCACAGCAGCCAGUUCUGCUGCCACACUCUGCAACAUGGCAGGACAGGAGAUCAUCAGAUCCAGCAUUUUGCUGCACGGAGGCAUGCAGGCCCUGGUAGAACUUCUGAACACCAAAGAUCCUCAGGUGCUGAUCCGCACCACGCAGUGCGUGGCGGUUCUGGCCUGUGAGGCAGAAGCCAGGAUAAAGUUACAAAGAGCUGGAGGCCUGCAGCUGCUGGUGAAUCUGCUGCGUUCCAGUGACAAGGAGGUGCUGCACUGCGCUUCCUUUGCUGUGAAUAUUUGUGCCAGUGAUAAACCCUCUGCAGUGGAAAUGUGCAAACAUGGAGCUCUGGAGAUACUUCAAGAAAUCAGUCAGUCAACAAAUCGUAGAAACUCUUUCAGUGACGUGGCCCUAAUCAGCCUGCUGAACUCCAACUUACCAGCUAAAUUCAGCCUGACGGGACAGUUGACUUCCACCGACAACAUUGCUGGUGGAUUUUAUGAUGCGGGGAAGGUUUGUUCAGGCCGGAGGAUUCUGACCUUGGAGGAACUGUUCAAAGAACCGGUCAACCUGCACCGACCCAUUAUUGUUGUCGGCAUGGCAGCAGUUAAAAAAAAAACUCAGAUUAAUAUCCAGAGAUAUGACGACGAGGUUCACUCAGCAGAGCAACCACAGAUGAACACCCAUGACGGCUCAUUGCAGAUGCUGGUUAAAAAGGCUAAAGAAUCCAUCUUCCCUCUGCGCCAUGAAAAAGAACAAUAUGCUGCACUGGGCAGGCUUGUGAGUGAAGCCAUGGGUGGAGCAGUGGUGGUGGAAAAGCUGCACGAGUUCCCAUGGGUGCUGCACCUCAGUGAGCUCAAGUUUCAGCUCAAAUCCAACGUUAUUCCCAUCGGGUUGAUCGACAAGGGCGUCUUCUGCCACAGAGCGCUGCUGUUCAAGUAUCUUGCCGACUGCCUUGAAAUGAGCUGCGCUCUCGUUAGGGGCGAGUACAACCGGGCCUGGAAUGAAGUGGAGCUUUUCACGAAGAACCCCAACAACCAGAGCUUCUCAGAGCCUCGCUGCUACAUAGUAGACCUGAUGCACCAACCUGGAGCCUUACUGGAAGUCAGAACUCCAGCUGCUUUGCAGUACCAGACCAUCUGA